AGAAGAAGAAGAAGAAGAAGAAGAAGAGGUUGAGCAUCCCUCUCCAAUGCACCACUCGUUGUUACAUCUCUGUUACCUUAUGUAUUAACGCUUACUUUCAGCAUGUCGAAAAAACAGACCACUUAGUUUCUUGCUGUUCAACGAGGGCUGUACGACUUCUGUCAGUUAAACGCUGCACAUGAUGACUCCAGAGCCUGCCAGUCUGGAGAGCCUGCGGGUGCUGUACCAGAGCGAUGACUACAUCGUGGUGGACAAGCACUGGGACAUCCGCAUCGACAGCAAGAUGUGGUACGAGAAACACACCGUGCAGGCGCAGCUGCGGCAUCGCUUCCCUCAGCUGGCAGACCCCAGCACCUACUAUGGAUUCAGGUUCUGUCAUCAGUUGGACUUCUCCACAAGUGGGGCUCUUUGUGUAGCGCUCAAUAAGGCGGCUGCAGGCCAGGCUUACCGCUGCUUCAAGGACCGCACCGUCACCAAGGCCUACCUCGCCCUGGUACGUGGACGGGUGGAAAAAGAGACACAAACUCUGGACUUCUCAAUUGGCAAGAAUUCUUCAGAGGGAAAAACCCACAUGAUGUGUAUCGAGGGAACAGAAGGUUGUGAGAACCCGAAGCCUUGCCAGACUGGGCUGACUGUGUUGGAGUACGGCUUGUAUGAUGGAGACUCCGUCACCAAGGUCCUACUGCAACCACUCACUGGCCGAACCCACCAGUUGAGGGUCCACUGCAGCGCUAUAGGUCACCCCAUCGUCGGGGACUACUACAGCUCGGGAGCAGACGACGCUCCGUACCGCAUGAUGCUGCACGCCCACUUCCUGCACAUUCCCCUUGAACCUGAGCCCCUGCUCGUUUCGGCUGGAGACCCCUUUCUCCCCGCGCUGGACCCAAAAUGGCUCCCGCAGCUCUCUUUGCGGACACUGGAGACCACUGUGGAGGCGCUGCUGGAGGAGAGGUUGGAGGAGGACAGGAAAAUCAAAGAAGAGAAGAGGGAGAGGGCGAGAAAGGAGGAGGAGAGGAGGAAAGGACGCAAGGAACAAAGGACUCAGGAGGAGAGUGAGGAGCAGAGAAGCCAGUGUCAGGAGUGGCUCAGUGAAUGGGCUGGGGACUGAUGCAUUAUUUAUUAUUGAUUUUAAUUUAUUUGAGUUGUUUACCAAUGAAGGCCACGUUCAGCAUGCUAGCUCCAUCUUUCAGUACUAAGGCUAGCUGCUGAGCAGGUGCACCGCAGUAGCUGGGAAAAAAGUGCCUUGCUCAAUACCUGUUGCUAAGUGAGGGGUGGGGUUGUUGCUAUAUAUUUUUCACAUGCAGGAAAAGUGUAAGAAUUUCUUGUCUGGGCUAUGUGAGAGUCCCAGUGUUGUCACCAACACUGCAUGGCCGUAACAUCCGUUGAAUCCCAAGUAAAACCGUAAAAUCCACGAAUGCAAUCCUUGUUUGGUCAUUGUUUUACAGCUUUAAUUCAAUGUUUGUUUUGUCAAUGUUUAAACAAAGUUUAAAAAAUGAAUCCAGGUUCAUUAAUCAUACAAAAAGCCUAAUAAAUGCUUUUGCAAGAA